GCAGUCUUUCGACGGAGUUCUUGGGCUGCGAGCUGUGGUUGAAAAGCAUCGCUCUCCGCCACUUCGGAUCUCGCUCCCCACUCCCUUGGUAUCCUCGCUCGGAGUCAGACACCUCGGUCAGAGCAACGCGGGAAACACAAUUCAUCCCUCGAGAUGGGCCGAAACGACAAGGCCGGCAAGGCUGGGGCGGAGCAGGCCGUCGGCGCUGAGCUGGCAGCGUACCUGCCCGCCAAUGCGAAGCCGUGGUACCGCACAAGGCAUCUCGUAUGCCUCAACCUCGCGCUUAUGGUGCCGUUGCUGUCGGCGGCCACGAUCGGCUUCGACGGGUCCAUGAUGAACGGCCUGCAGACGCUGAGCCAAUGGCGGGACUACUUUGGGCAGCCGUCGGGCGCGGUGCUCGGCGCCAUGAACGCCAUCUUCCCCGUCGGCAAGCUGGUCGCCGUGGUGCCGGUCGCGUGGCUCACCGACCGCUUCGGCCGCAAGCUGCCCAUGUGGCUCGGGCUGCUCGGACUGGUGGCGGCGACGGCAGUCCAGGCGUCGAGCCACACGGUGGCCCAGUUCAUCGUCGCCCGCUUCUUCCUGGGCUUCUUCACGGCCUUCGUGGGCCAGCCGUCGCCCAUUCUGAUCACCGAGCUCGCGUACCCGACGCACCGCGCCAAGAUGACGGCCCUGUACCAGACCUUCUUCUACUGCGGCUCCGUGCUCGCCGCCUGGUCGACCUACGGCAGCUUCCGCAUCCCGUCGACCUGGAGCUGGCGCAUACCGUCGCUCCUGCAGGGCGCCAUCCCGCUGAUCCAGCUGCUCGGCGUGUUCUUCGUCCCCGAGUCUCCGCGCUGGCUGCUGGCCAACGGCAAGACCGCCGAGGCCCGCGCCAUCCUCACCACGUGGCACGCCGGCGGCGACGGGAACUCCGCGCUGGUCGAGUACGAGAUGCACCAGAUCUCGACGACGGUCGAGCUCGAGAAGCACGCACGCGCCACGACCUCGUACAUGGAUCUCGUCCGCACGCGGCCCAACCAGCACCGCACGCUGAUCGCCUUUGUCGUCGGCUUCUUCGCCCAGUGGAACGGCGCGUCGGUCGUGUCGUACUACCUCGCGCUCGUGCUCAACACCAUCGGCAUCACCAAGACGUCCGACCAGGCGCUGAUCAACGGCCUGCUGCAGGUGUGGAACUGGCUUGCCGCCGUGCUGGCCGGCGCCCUGAUGGUCGACCGCCUGGGCCGCCGCACGCUGUUCCUGACGUCGGUGGCCGGCAUGUUCGUCAGCUACGUCGUCUGGACCGUGCUGACUGCCCGGUUUGUGUCGACGCUGAACCAGGCCAUGGGCAACGCCGUCGUGGCUUUUAUCUUCAUUUAUUACUUCUUCUAUGACAUUGCCUGGUCGCCGCUGUUCAUCGCCUACCCCGUCGAGAUCUUCGAGUUCGGCCUCCGCGCCCGUGGUGUGGCUGUCACGUACGGGUCGACCUUUGCGGGUUUGAUCAUUGGCCAGUUCGUCAACCCCAUCGCUAUGAAGGCGAUCGGAUGGAAGUACUAUAUUGUUUUUGAUGUGAUCCUGGCCAUGCUCAUUGUGGUUAUUUACUUUGUCUUCCCCGAGACCAAGGGCCGCACGCUGGAGGAGAUUGCCGAGGUCUUUGACGGGAAGAGCCGGAGGGUCGCUGAUGUCGAGGCGGAGCUGAAGAAGGACUCGGACGAGAAGGAGCCAGAUAGUGUUUCGGAGCAGGUCGAGCAUACCACGGCAGAGGUGAAGAAAGACUGAUAGAUAGGCACAGGAACCUGAGACGGAAGUGUGCUGGUGCGGAGGACUGGCGUCGAGUUUACGUUACUACUAAUCCACUGGAUCUCUCACUAAUACGAAUACCACAUUGCAUCAUAA